CAUUGUACAAUGUACAAGUGUCUAUAUAGUACCAACUAGACCUUUCCACCGUUACUAGGCAUGCAAUAAUGUUUCAGUAUAGUUAACGCUAGAUUGUGUUAAUAGCUUCAAUCCUGCAUCAGCUCUGCAGUGGCCCUCUCUAGUGUGUAUAGUGCUAGUUAUAGAACAUCAGUGAGAGGCGUGAACUGGCUUUAAAGUUUACUACGAUUCUUAUAGUGUAGCAUUUCUAUUGUUAAUUGCCUCAAGAUGACUUUGAGAAGAAGACAAGGCUCUUCGGUAUGUAUAGAGUUCUUUAUCUCCCUCUUGGUGGGGGGUGUAGCCAUCCUGGGGGGUCUGUUUAUCAUAGGGUUCCUACUAGUGGAGCCAGUGAGACAUCCUCCGGGGCAAAGGGCACAGACUGUCAAUAUCGAUGAGCUGAUGGGAUCAUGUGAACCAAAACUGCAAGAACGACUCCUUCCCCACGGCUGUACCUAUGACAACCAACCAAGCAUCGAAGAAUCAGUUUGCAGUGCUCAAGAGUGCGAUUGUGAUCCGGAACAAAAUGGAAACGUCUGUUGUUGCCGCUCUCUAAGAAGUGAGCCGCUAUUCAACGUGGUAUGCCCUGAAGGCGUUGUCCCUCCCAUCCUGGCCAACACUACGAUGUGUGGGUGUGGAGUGUGUGACGAUGUGAGCGUGCAAGUACACGUAACAGUCGUCAAUCGAGAUACGGACGAACCAAUCUCUGCAGCUAUGGUGUUGCGUAACGAUGGAGGGGAGGACUCCUUUAAUCUAUUGGGAGUAACGAAUCAUCACGGUCGCUAUAUGUACACAGAGAGAGUAGGACGGGUGUACCUUGAGCUAAAGGUCGUUGCUGCAGACUAUAUGCCACAGAUGACUCUACCAAUGAGAUUGCAGCCGCAUCGUCAUGUGAUAGAGCUACGGAUUGUAAUGAUACCAACAAUGAACAUGAACGUUGGUCUGGGUGGUUCAGAUAUUGUGGUGAGACUCGGCACUAUGGCUACAGUGUCUGCUCCAGCUGGUUCCUUCUACAGUGAGGACACCUCAUAUGAUGACCUCGUGCAGUUUCAGGGAAUGUUUGUCACCCCUAGCGACGUCAACGGGCUGACUGGAGUGCCUGGGGCAGAGUUUGUGGUAUUGAACAAGGUGACUGGAGAGAGGGAGCCGAUGGGUGUGCUGUUCGCCACCUGGCUGGGCUUCAUGGGCUCCGAGGGACAGAGCCUCACCAAUGAAGAGCUUUUAAUGCAGAUCUCGGUUACCAAUGACGAUGGCAACGCUCCGAACCUCUGCCUCAUAAUCUAUAACGAAACAUCUCACGAGUGGGAGAAAUACUCGGACUUCAGUCCCAGCCAGGAGUCACGUCGCAAACGACAAAACGCUCCAGUUAUUCUUGAGAACCAGAACACCCCACUCGGAGUGUUUGCAGCUGUGGCCGGUAGUGUACAAGUCAACUGCUGGCUACAAGGUCGCACAUUCGAUGGUAACGGCCUUGCUGUAUCUAAUCGCUUCAUUACCGUCGAGGAGACGCUACUUCGGAAUGGGAAUCCUCGUCUGGUUCGAUUCGGUACCAAUACCGGGGCUCAGUCUGGACUGGCUAGUAAUGCGUUGUGUCUUCCCGUGGAUUGCGGGAGUGCAGUGAGCGCCACCAUAUCAUCAAGAACACUGUUUGAUUCUCAGAGCACUCCUCUAGCUCCUCUGUCCCUCCCGACAGAAGCAUUCGAUAUCAAUGAAAAUGCACCCAUUAUGUUUGGGUCUGUGUUCUCUUUUGAGGAGGUUAUUUUGUCUACUACGAAUCGUCUUCGUCCCUUCUACUCCUCUCAAUCAGAUUGCGUUGCCUCGGCAACUAGCGCAACUCCUUCAAGAUCGGCUUUCUUUGGAUUCCAAGAAUCAGCCAUUAUCGCUCCGUUAGGCACCGAUUCAUGCUCCAUCAAGAUUCAAAUCUUGGAUUGUUUCAUCGACAACUCGAUCACGAUCACAUCUGUAAACGUUGAUACCGGAACUAUUGAGGGCUCCGUCACAUUGUCAAUAACCGAACCUCCAGAAACAGAGAUGCCUACCUUUUCUGGUACGAUGCCUCCUGAGGUCACUACUGAGGCUGGCACUCCAGUGUGUGAUGCCAGCACUGCUACACUGCGAGGGGCUUGCCUGCCCUAUGUCUGCGGAGACAACGUUCAAUUAUUAGUACGUCAAAAUGCAGACAGUGGUACCACAGGUUUUUGUACAAUUACCGGACGUUCCGUGUUUCUAAGCAACUCGUUGCUAUCGGAUACCAGUAAUAUGGAGCAGCUCAUCUUGCGUACGGGUUCCCUAGUGUCGAGUGAUUUCAACAACCCAGAGUUGGGCUUGUACCACGUUGCCGGGAACAACCUGAUGGCGGCUGAAGCAACUAUGGAGAUGUGCAAUGCUGGCACUGGGAAUGGGGACACUAGCGUUGACAUUGACGUAACCACGGGAGCUGCUGUGGAAUUCUCGUGCUUUUAGAGCUAAAGACUCGAUCUGAGACAUUUUAUAUAAUUAUGAACUGUCAUAACAUUUUUAUCCCCUAGCUAGCUAGUUUAAUUAUACGUAGAGUGAACUGUAAUGUAGUCGUAUUGAUUGAGAAUUAAUGUGAAUAAUAAUGCAAAUUCAUCAUGAUUGAAAUACAGUUGAAUAA